ACUCGAUUCUGUACAUCCAUACUGCAUCUUCAUCCGAGGGCUCAGAUUUCAUCUCACAUUCUAGAAUCCGGCUUCACGUUCCCCCACAACCUUAUACAUACACGCACAAACCCGUAGAGAGAGAGAAGAAGAAGAAGAAGAGCACCAAAGCUCCCAUCAUCAUCAUCAUCAUCAUCAUCAUCAUCAUCAUCCUCUGUUUCUCCACUCCAUUCCCGCUCUCUCUCUCUUUCUCUUUCUCUCUUCGAUCUCGAGGUUUCCCAAAGGAGGUAGCAUAAGAUGGCAGAUGGGGAGGAUGUUCAACCACUUGUCUGUGACAAUGGGACAGGAAUGGUUAAGGCUGGGUUUGCUGGAGAUGAUGCUCCACGAGCUGUUUUCCCUAGCAUUGUUGGGCGCCCCCGUCACACUGGUGUCAUGGUGGGUAUGGGUCAAAAAGAUGCAUAUGUGGGAGAUGAAGCUCAGUCGAAGCGAGGUAUCUUAACCUUGAAAUACCCAAUUGAGCACGGUAUUGUUAACAACUGGGAUGAUAUGGAGAAGAUAUGGCAUCACACAUUCUAUAACGAGCUUCGUGUUGCCCCUGAGGAGCACCCUGUCCUCCUUACUGAAGCACCUCUCAACCCUAAGGCUAAUCGUGAAAAAAUGACUCAAAUCAUGUUUGAGACAUUCAACACCCCAGCUAUGUAUGUUGCUAUCCAAGCCGUUCUCUCUCUGUAUGCUAGUGGGCGUACCACUGGUAUUGUGUUGGACUCUGGUGACGGUGUGAGUCACACUGUCCCCAUCUAUGAAGGUUAUGCCCUUCCACACGCCAUCCUUCGUCUUGACUUGGCUGGCCGUGACCUCACCGACAAUUUGAUGAAGAUACUCACGGAGCGUGGUUACUCCUUCACCACUUCAGCCGAGCGUGAAAUUGUGCGAGACAUGAAAGAAAAGCUUUCGUACAUAGCUCUUGAUUACGAGCAGGAGCUUGAGACUUCAAAGACUAGCUCUUCUGUGGAGAAGAGCUAUGAGCUUCCUGAUGGGCAGGUGAUCACCAUCGGUAAUGAGCGUUUCCGUUGCCCUGAAGUCCUUUUCCAACCUUCAAUGAUCGGGAUGGAAGCUGCAGGGAUCCACGAGACCACAUACAACUCUAUCAUGAAAUGUGACGUGGAUAUUAGGAAGGACCUCUACGGGAACAUUGUACUCAGCGGUGGCACUACCAUGUUUGGGGGGAUUGCUGAUAGAAUGAGCAAGGAAAUCACAGCGUUGGCUCCUAGCAGCAUGAAGAUCAAGGUCGUCGCACCACCCGAGAGGAAAUAUAGUGUUUGGAUCGGAGGCUCUAUCUUAGCCUCACUCAGCACCUUCCAACAGAUGUGGAUUGCCAAGGCAGAGUACGAUGAAUCUGGUCCAUCAAUUGUGCACCGAAAGUGCUUCUAGUUUUCUCCAAGACCAUCGCCUGCUGCUGGAGACCAAAUUUCUUCACUUCUUUCCUACUGGGUCAGGAGUUGACCUUGCAACCUUAAAUUUUUUCUUUUAAUUUUUUGUGUACUUGUUCUGUCUGGUCGUUCUAUGUAUGGACGGUGAGAAGGCUGAGAGUUUACUGUUCCAAUUCUUAUAUUUUUGUUGGUUUAGAAGUUUUAUCCAUUCCUCGAAUCCCCCUUUUUAGCUUUUUUUUCUUUUAUAAAUGCUUUACAAUGGCUUUGUUCUACUUAUUAUUCAUUCAUAAAUUAAUGAGAAUUUCCUUCGA